CGGGUGGCUCUCUGUCGGUUCACUCUCUCCCUCUCUCUCAGCCAAAUUCCUACACUCUCCCAAAUACCCCAAAAUCCGUUCAAAUCCAUCUCAUUCCAGUCCUCUCUCUCUCUAUUUAUAUCUAUAUAUCUUGGAUACCUGAAUACUCUGCUUCAUAUUUGAUCAGGGUAUCUCAUUGAUCACUCCACUCUGUUCAUCUGAUUUGCCUUUUUUUCUUUUUUGGAACUCAGAUCUCUCUCUAGCUCCUUCCUUUACUGGGUUUCGUGAUCACAGUAGGUCUGGUCUUACUGGGUUCUGAUUAUUUCUUGAAGUUUCAGAAUCACUUGGGCAUUGUUUAAGUCGAUUGAGCUAUCAAUUCUUUCUGGGUUUGUUCCAGAUCUUCAAGUUUGGUGAUUCCGAUGAUGGAUCUGACCGAUAAAGGAUCGGAGUCUGAAGAGAUGAGUAGCAAAGGAUCGGAUGGGGGUUGCUUAUCGGAAGGAAGCUAUGUGAAGACCUGUGCUGAUUGUGGGACCACCAAAACCCCACUCUGGAGGGGCGGCCCAGCUGGCCCUAAGUCAUUGUGCAAUGCUUGUGGGAUCAGAAGCAGGAAGAAGAGAAGGGCACUUCUGGGUAUCAACAAAGGAUCAACUACAUCGGAAGACAAGAAAUCAAAGAGAGCAAACAACAACAAUAAUCCCAUCAACAAUAAAUUGGGGGAUUCGUUUAAGAGGAAGAUGAUGGCGUUGGGGAGGGAGGUGGUGUGGCAGAGAUCGGCGGCGGCGAAGCUGCGGCGGCACAGGAAGUUGGGGGAGGAAGAACAAGCGGCUGUGCUGUUGAUGGCUCUGUCUUGUGGCUCUGUUUAUGCUUAAUCUUUAGUAGUAGAUUGUUUGUUAAAUCUUGGAAAUCUAAGAUGAGAAAGAAGAUUUAAGAUCUAUUGUAAUCUAGCUUCUAGUAGUAUCUUUCUAAGUGAAUUUUGUGUUCUUUAAUUUGUUAUCACCAUUUAUGUGGGUCAGUUGGAAUCAUCGUCUAAAUUGUGUUCGAGAGGGGAAAAAUUGAGAGGAAUGUAAGAAUGGUUAAUUAAUUCUGAUUUCCCCUGUUUUUA